AUGCUUCGGCUCUUCCGGGCCGCCCUGUUAGGCCUCGCCUUUGAUGCAAGUCUUGUCGGCUGUGCUGUGACCUCGGGACGUCUGGCUCUGGCAGAGCCAGGAUCUCUGGCCCUGGCAUCAGCAAGUCCGCUCGAGCUCAGGUACACAACCUCGGCGCCGAGCCCCCGGAACUGGGUCGGCCUUUACUAUGCCUCCGGGGGUGGCCCCGACAACGGCGAGCUCGACCAGCCUUCCAUCCGGUGGUCGUACGCGCCCGGUGCCCAGGGCUCCGUCAAGUUCGACAAUGACGGACUCGGGCCCGGCGAGUACAAGGCCUACUUCUUGGCCGACGACAAGUACAAGUCUCUUGCCGCCGCGGUGCGGUUCUCCCUGGGCGAGUCGUCCAGAUACCCCGGCUCCAUCAGCGUCGACUACAGCAGAACCCCCAUCAACGUCAAGUAUACCACGACGCGGCCCGGCGCCAAAAACUGGAUCGGCCUGUACUCUGCCGACGGCGGAGGCCCCGUGGACCAGGUCCAGGUCCAGCCCUCCCUGGCUUGGGAGUGGGCUCCCGAGCGUGUGGGAGAGGUCACCCUGUCCAGCAAGAACCUCAGCCCGGGAGAGUAUAGGGUCUUCUUCCUUGCCGACGGCGGCUACACGUGGCUGUCCCAGCCCGUCAACGCGCACCUGCGGAGCUCCGAGGCGUUCGGCUUCAUCGUGAGAGACGUCACGACGCACAACGCCCGUCAGGGUGACAGGUUUGAAGCCAGCCUCGCCAACCUCGUCACCCAGCCCGGCGACGGAGACACGCGCUUCAGCAUCGUCGGAGACGCAGGCUGGGCCGUCAUCAGCCCCUCGGGCGUGAUAAGCGGCACGCCCCCGUCCGGCGCCGCCGACACCACGCUGCACGUCGAGGCACGGGACAAGCACGGCGUCGCGGCGUCGGCGUCGGUGCACAUCCCCGUGCGGCCCGCGGGCGCCUCGCUCGUCGACAGGCUUCGAAUCCUGUCCUUUAAUCUCUGGCACGGCGGCACGCAGGUGAGCAACUACCACGAGAAGCAGGUGCGCUUCCUGGUGGACAAGAACGUCGACGUGGUCGGGUUCCAGGAGAGCACCGGCGGCCACGGCGCCCGCCUCGCCCGCGCCCUGAACUGGUACUCGUGGCAGGGUCCCGACGUCUCCGUCAUCAGUCGGUAUCCCAUCACGCGGGUGAACGCGGCGACGUCGGUGUCGGGCUCGGUCACGAUCUCGCUGGACCCGGGCAAGAGCGACAUCGUCGUCUGGAACGCACACCUCGGCUACGACCCCUACGGCCCGUACGACUUUUGCUUCGACAGGAUGAGCGUCGGCCGGGUCAUGGAGCGAGAGGCCGAGUCGGGGCGCACCCCCCAGAUCGAGGAGAUUACGCGCAAGAUGGGGGGCCACAUCGCGGACGCGGACAACGUGCCCGUCUUCCUGCUGGGAGACUUCAACGCCCCGUCUCACCUGGACUGGACCGAGGCCACCAGCGGCCGGCACUGCGGCGUCGGCCAGGUCCCGUGGCCGUCGUCCAAGUACCCGGCCGACGCCGGGCUGGUCGACUCGUUCCGGCACGUCCACCCCGAUCCCGCGGCGAGCCCCGGCAUCACCUGGUCGCCCAUCUACCUGAGCAACGAGGGCCGGCCGGAGCCCCUGGACCGCAUCGACUUUGUCUAUCACAGAGGCCGCAAGCUCGCCGUGCUGGAUUCCGAGGCCGUGCUGGUGGGCAACCCGACGGCGGAGCCGAACCACGCCAACAACGAGUGGACGUCGGACCACAGGGCAGUCUUGACGACGUAUCAGAUCACGGCCUGA